ACUUCCGGGCGAAAAUUACGGCUCCGCCCACUUUUUGGGGAAAACAAAGCUGUCAGUUGAACGGCGGUUAAUACAAAUUCUGAAGUUUUUGCCAAUUCGAUCAGAAAAUUAAGAAAACCGGAGAUUUUUGGAUCUUCAAAGAGCCCGAUUACAAUGGCCAGACAGGCAAACUAUUACAUUAAACCAUUGGAAAACGACGAUCGGGCUCGAUAUAUGAUUAAAUUAAAAGCAGUAGGCGAUCAAUGUCCAUUCAGUCUGCCGGUGGACGAGUGGACAAAUGAUCCGACUCAAUGGCCUGAGGUGUCAUAUCCUGACAUCUAUAACUACCUCAUUGAAUCUCCAGGUAGUUUGUAUAGGACGUCAUCAAGACACAUUAUUUAUCCGUUUUAAUAGUCUGUCCAAUUUGCGUUACUGUGUAAACUAUAAAUAUGUGUUAUACAAUAACGUGUUAAAUAGGGGGUUUACCAAGCUAAUUAAUGAUAGCAUCUAGUUAUAGGUAGGGUUGGUAAUUGACGAUUUUAUGUUAUAGCCUAUCUUUAUAAUCUCAGAAAAUAUACCACAACACAGUACGACAAUAUUUUAACAUACACAGUUCAUCACAAUAGCAAAAUUCAGUCUUUAUUAAUUAACUUUCUGGAUUGCCCAUGUUUGUACUACUAAUGUUUUUUAAAUGUUUGUAGAUGUGACAGAGCAGGUUUAGAGAUUUGUGUCUGCUAACUUGUCCUCUAGGGAUUUACACAGCAAGUUCAAUGAAGAACUUCAGGUCUCUGGAAGCACAUGCCUUUUUUUUUAACAGUGGCUGGGUGGAUGUGGUUCUUCACCACAAACCCUGUGCUGACACAACAGUCUUCAAGACCCAUGUAAAGCCAUCAUGGAGAGUUACAGAUAAACCCCACAACACCUGGGUUGCUGUUAACAAGACUGGAGAGGUCACAGCUGCUCACUGUGAUUGCAUGGCAGGGUAAGCUGACUGCAUAACACUAAUAGUACAGUCACAAUGCCGCCUAUGUAAUCCUUCAGAAGGGAAGAAAUGCUUUUGUUAUUUGGUGAAAAAGUAUUUAUUUAAAAAAUAUAUGUUUUACUCUAGACUAAGAGAAAGUUGUUCCCAUUUCGGAGCCCUGCUUUUUAAGUUGGAGGCAUCAGUUCGCCUUGGAUAUACAAGUGUGGCACCAACCAGCAUCGCCUGUGCCUGGAAUAAAGUCUGCACGAAAAAAGUUGAGGCAGACAUGGUCAUCAAUAUAGACUUCUAUGGAGACAAAGCCAAAAAAAGGGACACAGGAACAAACUGCAGGGUCAUUCAAAUGUCGAAUGAAGAAAAUAAACAACAGUUCUUGGAAAUGCUGUCUGCCUCAGGAGAACUGCCUGUUGGUCUGAGCACUUUCAAGGUUUUUGCAGACCCUUUCAAACCAAAGCCUUGGUACCAACAUCUGUCAGAAUUUUCAGAUGAUCAGGUACAGGCAAUAGAGGAAGACACAAAAGACCAGGCAGAAUGUUCAUCUUGGCACCAGCAGAGGGUUGGAAGGGUGACAGGUACAUCAGCACACAGAGUUAUCCACACAUCUCUUGAGAAACCAUCAAAAUCACUACUGAGGGAUAUUGUGCAGAAAGAGUCACGCAAAAAUCUGCUGAAAACACCAGGCAUCAUUUGGGGUAGGGAACACGAAAAGGAUGAAAUUGAGACAUACAAGUAUGCACUGGGCCUUACAACUGCAUAUACAGCACCCACUUUAAUUAACAUCUCCAGUGACAUAUAUAAACCCCACACAAGCAUCAGUAUUCAACGGGCAGGCUUCCGAGUGUGCAGAGAGAAGCCCUACAUUGUUGUAAGCUGUGAUGCUUAUGUACACUGCGUUUGCUGUGGAAAGGGGGUGGUUGAGGUAAAGUGCCCCUUGAAGUGGAAUAGUGAUUUGUCAGUUGAUCACUGGUCAGCAGACAAGAGAGGACAUCUGGACACUUUGUUGUCGCUGAGGACCAACCACAGCUACUACACCCAGGUGCAGAUGCAGAUGUUUGUGUGCAAAACAACCUAUGCAGACUUCAUCACCUGGACGCCAAAGCAAACCGUUAUCUUCCGUGUCCAACAAGAUGAAGAUUUUCAGUGUCAGGCAGUGGACACCAUUAGCCGUUUAUGGGCCAGGCACAUCUACCCACAGCUGGCGGGAACCACAAUCCCAGAUACAGAGCUGGAGCUUCAGGAGUCAACAGACAGUGCUGUGUCAGACACAGAACAGGAGCUUCAGAAUAAUUACGUGGUGUCAACUGUCAUUCCUGGAAGGAGAGCAGAGCAGUAAGGGUCUUUACGAAGCAAACAGGGAGCGGCCCAUCCAGGAUGUGGAAUCUUCGCUUCAGCACACCGAUCACCCGUUCUGUUCACCCAUCAGUUGUUUUAAAAUAUAUAAGUAUAAAACUUCACAUUUUACCAUUGUUCUCAGUAAUUGUUUGUUAAGUACUUUGUUUGCACUGUUAUACAAUUUGCUACAGUCCGUUAGUGCUGUUUUUUAUAUAACUUAAUUUAGUAAAAGAGUUAAUUUAUUUUCCAUCAUAUUGAUAUGUGCAAUAGUUUACCAGGCUGUGGAUAAUGAAUGUAUACUUACCAAUAUGAAUCCGAAAUUUUGAUUUCAUUCUUGACUCUUCAACGUCUUUGCCUGGGAGUUGUUUCCUGCCGAGAGUGAAGGCUGGGGUUUCGAGACUGGCACCAAGUAAGGCAAACUCAUCUUUCAGAGUAAAACCCCGAUCAGCCAAGAUCUAAAACAAGUAAUGCAUAAGAUAUGUAGGCCUUUUGCUUUUAAUGUUUGCAGUCAAACAGUAAAUAACAACACUUGUCCAUAAUGAUUGCCAAAAAAAUGCAUGUGAUGAACUGUUAGUGUAGAAUAUGUGCACUUUAUGUAAGAUGAAACAUUAGCUGGUCCCCAGGAUGGUGGUAGAGGGGUGAAAUAAAGCCAGAUUCCUUAACUA